UUUCUUUUUUCUUUUUUCUUUUUUUCUUUCAAUUCGCGAAAUCCAAUACACGCCUAAAAUGUUUGGAUUGGUGCGGUCAUUCAACCGUUUGGGUGUAUCAUCAGGGCCCACAGGAGCCAGGCUCCUGCACACCACUUACGCCUCUCUGGUCAACAAAAAGUCGGAGACGCCAGUGCGCCCCAGCGCCGCCGAUCAGUCAGCGUCCUCGGUGUUUGCUGCCACCACAGCCGCCCAAAGCAGCAGCAGCGGUAGCGCGAUCCCCCAGGACCUGCACACAGUCAGUCUGGGCAAGGGCCAGGGUACUGCACGUAUCAGAGAGUACACCUACAGCACUGCCAAUUUCCACGUGAGCCCUCGCAAGCUGCGCCUUAUCGGUAACCAAAUCACCGGCCUGCCUCUCACCGAAGCUAUCCGUCAAAUGCAGUUUUCGGCCAAGAAGGCAGCGACAAAGAUCAGACACUCUUUGGUUUGGGCACGUAAGAACGCGGUGUUCCAGAAGGAGAUGAACCCCGAUAACAUGUUUGUAAAGCUGGCGCGAGUCGGAAAGGGAAAGUAUAGAAAGAGACUGGACCCGAAGGCUAGAGGAAGAUUCGGAGUCAUCAGGAUCCCCUAUUCGCAUAUGAAGUAUGUAGUCUGGGAGAAGAGGCCCGAGGAGAAGCCUCAGGCGAGGAAUGCUGUGGAGAGGGCUUUGUUGGCCGGCGAUCUUCCCAAGAGGAAGGUCAAGGGCUUCACGCUGACCAAGAAGGUGUGGAUGCCAUUGACUGAGAACAAGCCGGUGAUUAACCCCAAGUCGUUCUACAACUGGUAACCGGCAUAAUGAAUAUCUAGAAAUUAGUUCAUUUUUCUUCCAUAUCUCUAUUUCCAACUCUAAAAAAGGCAAAAAAAGGUUAAAAUGUAAACAU